AUGGAUCUAUUGCAUGCCGUCGCGCCACCGACAAGCUCAGAAGACGCUCCUGUCGCUGCAGUCACCGGCCGGUCAACUGCAAACCGCCGCUGCGUUCCCCGAUCAGGUCAAGACGACACGGAUCUUGAGGUGCACGACAGCGGCAUGGAGUUCUUCGACUUUGAUGCGUAUCGCGAUGAGUCUGUUGCUGCGAAAUUGGUGGACAUCCGCAACAGCUGGGCUCCUGACCUCGGGACAACUGCCACAUCAUCAGAACACUCGCCAAAUGCCCAUGCUGCAGGGGGCUCAUAUGGCCACGCGUUCGACGUGCAGCCUUCCGAACCCGCCGGCGAACUUCCUCACUCGCAAGACUACGAGUUGCAUGAUGCGCCCAACGCCCUUGAAAAUGACCCAGCGAACGUCGAAUAUGGCCAACAACGUGACUCACAAGAUGUAGAAAACGAUUGUGAGCGAGGACCCGAAGAAGCAGCCCGCGACGCCUAUCAGAGCGACAACCCUCUCCGGCUUGACCUCGUCCCUCCGCUGUCGCCGACUUGCGAUGGAUCGCCCGCAGGUCUUGAUGGCCUUGUGACGUUACGAGACUUAGUCGACUUGCCAGCACUCGAUGGGCGCGAGAAAUGGGACAUUGACCGGGAAGCAAUGCAAUUCUUAGCCACGGUGCACUCGUUGUCAAAGUCAGACGAGGUUACACCCGCGUCUCAUGGUCUUCGGCCUACUUUCAGGGACCUCAAGACGGAAGAGCCGGCACUCAGGACAGACCCACAGAUUGAUCUCUUUCGACUAAUUGAACGCAACCAAGUCAAGCUAUCCACUGACGACAUCGACCCUGUGCCGCUUGAUGAUGACAAAGAUGAAAGCCUUAAGUGGUCCAGAGAGAGCUUGAAACUGCCGAAGAAACUCAAUGACGAGAUUACAAAGGAGAGGCUCGAUGUGGAAUGGGAAACUGCAGAAUACCUCCGUGAAAUCUUCCGUGGGCCUUCCAUUGAUUUGGGCAACGAACAAGCAAACGAACGCGAGAGAAAGGUAUGCAAGGAGCUUCAUUUUCCUACACGGAGUUGCUAACGUAGUGUAGACCCGACCGAAGUCUCUCACUCCGCCACUGCUUCUUCUUUCACCGCCGUACAGCCCUGCUGUCAUUCAGAAUCCAGCUGGACAGAUUGAGUUGACGUCCACUCCAGACGAUCCGACCAUGCAAGAAGUCACUGAGCUCGAGCAAAAGCUCCUGGGCCGCGAUGACAUAAAGAUGCAAACCCGUGCCAAUUCCUUAGCGGGUUCAGAAAUAAGCACUUCAGAGGUCGAGCGAAGUCUUGGAAGAGGCGUACGGCAGCUACUAUCUUCUCCGAUGCGCGCAAAAACUAAGAGGACGUAUGAACUGAAGAUUUCGGAUCCUCUCCUGUCGGAGGAGUCCUCGGAACCACACUCGAAGAAGGCCAAGACCGUCUCGUUCCAGGAGGAGGUGCGAUCGCUGGUGCCGCAAUCGGAUUCCAGCAUGGACUCACACGACACCUACGUGAUGAUCAACGAUGUAAUGACGGCGGUGACGGAGCUGGUCUCCCCACUAGCUCAACCAGCCCUCGCAGGUGCGAACAACGAACAGCUUGACGAAAGAGACACGGUGCUCAGGGUGCCUGUUCCGGAUGUUGAUGAAAUCAAGCCCGCACGCCCGUGGGACAUCCCGUCCCAUGAGAUGACAGAUGCACAACCUCUGAGUCGUCAGAAGUACUUCCUAACGGAGAUUUUAAACGACCUCACCAAAGACGAGAAGAAAUGGGGCGGCUUCAACAAUGAGAAACAGAUGGAAUGGAACGCCUUCCCCACGCAGCUCGGGAAGGUAAAGUCAGAAGGAGACUUUGAUGAUGGUUCUCUCGCGCGUUACUUGGCAGAACUCGACUUGGAAGCCGACUUCGACGUCAAGCUCCUUACGUGGAAACCAGAUGGAAUCCGAAUAAUGGAUUCUGACGAAUGGGACGAGGACGAUGUGAAAAUUCACGACUUUGAGAGCGAAGACGAGGGUCCAACCGUGGCACCUCAGAGCACAACGCGACUGCAGUCUGAGAUCUCUCACCACUUUGCUCCAACUGCAGGCGAUAUACCAUGCAUGGCGACUGGCUCAAGGGAGAGGUUCCAGAACGACACUUCAAGCCUUUCGUCUUUACUUGAGAAGCGAAAGAAACAACUAGGAGAGAGCAAGAAGAGAAUCGCUGAACAGACACGGGCUACCCCAUUUUCACUUGCUCCUGUGCAGAAUUUGCGACAACCAGAGAUUAGCAUCCAAGCCAGUGGUCUCGAAGGCCCCUCUGUACGAUUGGGCCAGACCGACCUUAGCACCUUCUCAACUCUCCAAGGUUGGUUUGGCAAACCACGCGACGAGCCUGUAAAGCAAGUUAUCUCGAAACGGUUACAAGAGAAGCCAUCUCAGCUCCCGGUCAAUGCCCAGCCGACGGUCACGGCACCACCAGCUCCCGCCAUCUCGCUACCCACACCGCAAAUCUACACCUCGUCCAAGCCUCUCUCAAUCAUCAUCUCCUCCACACUGCUGACAAACCACAAACUCAUCUGCAACCUCGAAAGACUCCUCCCGGGCCUCACUAUGAUCGAACGCUCCUACACCCCAACCAACAUCCACGAUCAAGAAGCAGACAUCACCCUCUCCCCCAGCACGGGCCUGCUAAUCACGAACCUCCAAAAACUCAAACAACGCCCCUUACCAGGCCAACAACCCUCCACCUCUUCCUCCUCGUCCUUUUCCUCCAGCAACAUCCGCACCCAAAUCUCCACCAUCGCCCUCCGCUACGAAACCCUCCUCCUCCUCGUCCCGGACGACCGGAAUUCCACCUCCUUCGACGACUCCGACGCUUCCGCCCUGCAAUCCCUCCACCACAUCCCCGGCUGCCAACCCAUCUAUCUCCCCUCCCACGAACCCGUAUUCCUCGCCAGAUGGAUUGCUUCCCUCAUCAUCUCUGCUUCUCCAUCCCUCAACGACAGUCCACCCCUGCCCCUCCUCCCCGAAGAAACUCUCUGGGAAUCCUUCCUGCGCAAAGCAGGCUUGAAUGCCUUUGCGGCACAGACGGUCCUCGGUAUCAUCAUCGGCAGCCGCGGCGAAUCCACAACCACCGCCACCACCUCAGACAAUCAUCAUGACGCUGGUGGCGCUGGUGGUGGUAAUGGACUAGCUACCUUCGUAAUGAUGCAUCCCGACGAGCGAAUCCGCAUCUUCGCCCCGAAGAUGAUGAUGGGGGGAGGAGGAGGAGGAGGAGGAGGAGAGCAAGUUUUGAAGCGAGUGAAUGCGAAUCUGGAGGCCGGGUGGAUGUCCCUUGCGAAUGUGCUUUGA